UUUGAGGCAUUUUGAGAGUAUAAAUAGAGGAAAUAUUUGUGACAGUUUCAUUCGAUUCCUGAUAUGCAUCAAGAGCAGAUUUUGAGUUUUCUUAUUCGAGCUUCAUCGACUAACUACACAUCUUCCAAAAUGGCCACUUCGACUCAACUCACAGUUUUCAUCACCUUGGCCGUAAUGGCAAUAACCGGCGUCUACGGACAACUGACACCUCAAUCGCAGAUUACUCAGAUGAUUGGACAAACAUGCACCGUCUACAGGGAAUUACUCAAGGAGGAGGGUCCUAAGUGCAGCCACGGCGUCAUUGAGGAAUUCAUCGACGAACUCGACAACGUUCAGCCUACGAUGAAGAACGUCGACGCUGACACCAUCGAGGACAACGUCCUGGAGUAUCUCAAGCAGUCAAAAUUGAAUUCCCUUUGUUACGUCAGCGGCAUGUCCAUCAGGAGUGAAUGCGAGCUGAUGGAUAGCGUGUGUUCCUUCGGUAACAACAUCAUCAAAUGCAGAGAUCUCCCACCUGCAGCCCCCGCCAAUCCACCGAAUGCCGCCCCUAACACCGUCCGCCCCGCCACUACAUAGAUCUACAUGUAGCUACCUCGCAUCAACAUCGAUUUUCGAAGUAAAAAAACAUCCCUUAGCAUCGUCAUCAUCAUCAAGAGCAUCGAAGUCAUCGUCAUCUAUAUUAUCAUCGUUGGCGUCCAUCAUCAUCCACAUUAUCGUCAUCAUCGUCAUCAUUUAUUGUGUCAUCUUCAUCACCCAUAAUCACCGUCAUUAUCGUCGACGUCGUCAGCGGAGUCGUCAUCAUCAUCAUCAUCCGCAUUAUCAUCUGCGUCAUCAUAAUCAUUGAUCAGGAUCAUCAUUGUCGUCGCCAUCGUCAAUGUUUUCGCCAUCAUCUCAUUUUACUCCUAACUGCUGAUGCAUAGGCAUAACUCACUUUCAUCUUCCUCUAAUUUAUUGUUACCGCACUCAAAUAAAAUUGCUCACUUUCAUCAGGGACAUGCAUGUCCCUGCUUUCAUGUACCAUUUGAAUUAAAUUGAACUGGAAUUGAAAAUAUCGGUUUUUGUAUCUUACUUCAAAAAUAAAUUCCAAUGUCCAUGAAUGCGCUUCCAGUUGCGCCGUUCUAAAGAUUUGGAAUAACCUACCACUAGACAUAAAAUAAACCUUAUCUGUUGCUGUCCUCAAAGUUUUUAGGAAUACGUACCUGUUUUUAGUAGCUUUUGAAUAUAUUGUUAUUGUGUGUCUCUCAAUUAGCAGUGUGUUGUCAUUGCAGCAGGGUAUAUUUGUGUAAUAGCUUAACUAUA